CUCUUUUAUCCUCAUUUUCAGCACCAAACAGAGGUCCCAGUCACCUGAUGAAGUUGAAGCUAAGGAAAAGGACGAACGCACGGUAACAGUCAAUCCUUCUCACAUGGGAAAGGCAUUCAAGGUCAUGAAUGAAUUGCGGAGCAAACGGCUCCUCUGUGACGUGGUGAUAGUUGCUGAAGCUGUUGAGAUGGAAGCCCAUCGCGUUGUCCUAGCAGCCUGCAGCCCCUAUUUUUGUGCAAUGUUUACAGGAGACAUGACUGAAAGUAAAGCAAAGAAGAUUGAAAUAAAAGAUGUUGAUGGGCAAACACUAAGUAAGCUGAUUGAUUACAUCUACACAGCCGAAAUAGAGGUCACGGAAGAGAACGUGCAGGUUUUGUUGCCAGCUGCCAGCUUACUGCAGUUAAUGGACGUCAGACAAAACUGCUGUGAUUUUCUGCAGUCCCAACUGCACCCUACAAAUUGCCUUGGGAUCCGGGCCUUUGCCGAUGUGCACACGUGCACUGAACUUUUGCAGCAGGCCAAUGCCUAUGCAGAGCAGCACUUUCCCGAGGUGAUGCUAGGAGAAGAAUUUCUUAGCCUUACUCUGGACCAGGUUUGCAGUUUAAUAUCCAGUGACAAGCUCACUGUCUCUUCAGAAGAAAAGGUCUUUGAGGCUGUUAUAUCUUGGAUAAAUUAUGAGAAAGAGUCUCGCCUAGAACACAUGGCAAAACUGAUGGAGCAUGUUCGUCUGCCCCUUCUGCCCAGAGAUUAUCUUGUACAGACAGUUGAAGAAGAAGCUUUAAUCAAGAAUAACAACACGUGUAAAGAUUUCCUUAUUGAGGCCAUGAAAUAUCACUUGCUUCCUCUGGAUCAAAGGCAGUUGAUAAAAAAUCCUAGGACAAAGCCAAGGACUCCAGUUAGCCUGCCAAAGGUAAUGAUUGUGGUUGGCGGGCAAGCGCCCAAAGCCAUUCGGAGUGUGGAGUGUUACGAUUUCGAGGAGGAUCGGUGGGAGCAGGUAGCGGAGCUUCCCUCUCGGAGAUGCAGAGCAGGUGUGGUGUUUAUGGCAGGCAACGUUUAUGCCGUUGGGGGGUUUAACGGCUCGCUGAGAGUACGAACGGUAGACGUGUAUGACGGUGUGAAGGACCAAUGGACGUCAAUUGCCAGCAUGCAGGAGCGACGAAGUACUUUGGGGGCAGCUGUGCUGAAUGAGCUCCUGUAUGCGGUGGGCGGAUUUGACGGAAGCACUGGUCUGGCAUCAGUAGAGGCCUAUAGCUAUAAAACCAAUGAGUGGUUUUUUGUGGCUCCCAUGAACACAAGAAGAAGCAGUGUUGGAGUUGGCGUUGUGGAGGGUAAACUGUAUGCUGUAGGGGGUUAUGAUGGAGCAUCACGUCAGUGCCUUAGUACAGUUGAACAGUAUAAUCCAGCUACAAAUGAAUGGACCUACGUAGCUGAUAUGAGCACUCGCCGCAGUGGUGCAGGCGUUGGUGUUCUCAGUGGACAACUGUAUGCUACUGGAGGGNUGCAGGCUCCUGUAAUGAAGAAAAGACAGAGGCUGAGGGGUGUAAGUAGAUUAUUGGUUUGGAAACAAGUUGCAGACAUGAAUAUGUGUAGAAGAAAUGCAGGUGUGUGUGCUGUGAACGGGCUACUCUAUGUGGUGGGAGGAGAUGAUGGUUCUUGCAAUUUGGCCUCUGUGGAAUAUUAUAAUCCCGUCACUGAUAAGUGGACGUUACUGCCGACCAAUAUGAGCACUGGAAGAAGUUAUGCAGGGGUGGCUGUGAUUCAUAAACCGUUGUGACACCUACUCCAGCCAAUGUGAGGAGCAGCAGUGAGGUGAAUCCUAUUGGGUAUUCUCGAGAAGAUGCCGGACGCCUGAUUUUAUCCAUCUCUUUGCUGUUUAACUCCUUGCCUGGCAAAUACUGCAUUAAGAAUCCUCUUCCGUGGAUAACGCAACAACGUGCCAAUCCCAAGGUGUUGCUUGUUGUCCUUGGUGCAAUCCGUUGUCUUUGGACAGCCAGUUUCCUGGAAGAACACUGUGUUUAAACAGUUACCAGAGAGACUGAAUUUCAUGUGUGUCACAAAAUGCGACUGUAGGGAAUGUGAGUAAAACCCAAUAUUGAAUGUCUUCACUACUGAUGCUUUGUUCACACCUUGAAUUAAGCUAUUUACUCACUGCUCCUGGAACUUACUACUGACCAUGGCAUCUUCUAACCACCAAUCUUCAGAAAUACUGGACCAGGGUGCUGGCUUGUGUUUGACAUUAUCUCAGUCACGUGUACAUAUGUCACUGGAUAACAGUUUGUAUCCCUAGCGCCAUCAUGACUGGAGAUAUCCGUUGUGUGUGAUUUUUCUGAUAGUCUGCUUUUAUAAACAGGCUAGGAUGUCCUGGGUGGGCAGUGGCUUGCCCAGAAAAAGGUGAAUACCUCACCAUGCAAAAGUUUUAUAAUCCCACAGAAACAUGCUGCUCUGGAGGAGCAUAUUGCUCCCAUAAAACAUACACUGAACUGAAAAUCAAGGAAAAAAGUCAUACCCCGGUGUCCUGCACAUUAAGGAACAGAACUUUUAAGCAUAAUGGUGUGUCUUGCUGAGCCACUAACAUGUCUCCCUUGUAUCCUGCCAAAUAAUCCUCCAUCACCCAAGAAGUGAUUAAAGACCAAGAUAAAAUGCCUAUGAUGUCUUAACGCUUCCAGAAGAGGGGACUCUUAUUCUUCAGUGUCAUUGUUCUUGUUUUUAAAACGUUUUCUGCAUUAAAUGCUUUCUUCCAUCCAUACAAAGUAGUUAGCCGGAGCUUUAGAAAAGCCUUCCAAAAAGGAUUUUAAACAGUGAAAGUUUGGCGCUGCUGUCACUUUUAGUAAUCUCGUGUGUAUCCACAGUCCUGCUAGCUUGUUUUCUCCUUUUUAAAAGAAUGGUGUCAGCUUUCAAAUCAUGUGUGAGACUCCCAGCAUACCCUACUGCGGGGCAUCAUGGCACCCUUCUGGGUAUCCGCUAGUUAAAAGUAAUACCAAAGGAGACUACAAAUGAAAAAUAGAGUGUGUGGGGGAGGAGAGAGAAAUAAUUAUUAUUAUUUCAUCUCACUUAACUUGGUGCGUUUUACAGGACUUUUGAUAGAUUCAGUUUACCCUAAUCGAGUCAGUGAGAGCUUUCCUGUACAGGGACAUUGACCUGCAGAAUUACAGCGGUAUUACUAUUCUUAGGGUAUAACUCCCAAAGCGGACUCAUACCCUUUAAGAUCAGAAAGGACAAUCAUGAUUAACUAGUGACCCUCUGCACAUUGGCAGACCACAGAACCUCAGCCUCUCACUUGCUUUUGGAAUAAAAGUGACUUUUCCCACUGCGGCUUACGUUGCUUCGGAAGCAAUUUAAGUGAUCCUGAAGACGUUCCUUGCAUUCUGGAAUACAGUACUCACUUCAGGAGUUCUACCAUUGCAGUUGUAUUGGAAUAUUUAUAGUGCAGUAAUUCUGCUCAUCAGUGUUCCCAUGUAGACAAGCUCUCAGUAUCUCCUUGCUCAAAAAGCUCUCCGUGUCAUCCUUGUUCUUAGAAACAACAACAAGGAGUAGAAAAACCCAUUCAAACUGUUCUUAAAGGAAUAUAAAAAUAAGUUACAAUGUGCUGAUUUCAAGGGGAGACUGACCAGGAAGCAGAAUAUUUUAAAAGGCAGGGCUUGUCUACAUGGAGACUUAGUGCAGGUAGCAAGCUGGGAUGUAAAUCUACAGUGCACUAGGGACUGUGACAUCAAUGUACACUACGGAGCUCUUUGUGAUAGAGGGUUUGCUGGGCCUGUUAGUGCCCAGCAAGUUAGUGCACUGUAGAUUAUCGCGUUAAGUUUCUGUAUAGACAUGCUAAAAUUGACUUAAAAAUGCAAGUUGACAAUGUCCCUUUAACUGGACAUAAGCUCGUGCGUUGUGCACCAUCUCUAGGACAUGUUAAGUAGCAUCACUCAUUCUGUGUUUUGAAGUGAACUGUCCACUGUAAUGAUAAUCCAGAUAUUGGAGAGAGAAGAUGGUGAGGCAAUGUCAUUUAAUGGACCAACAUCUGUUGGCGAGAGACACAAGCUUAUAAGUUUCACAGGGUUCUUUUUCAGGUCUGGGAAAAGUACUCUGUGCUUCAGAGCUGUGUGCACGGUAGAUUGUUUGGCAUCAGUAGAUAGCACAUAUUCACAAUGGCUACAACUACACUGCAUACAGUAUUGAUAUUGGCAGCUGGAGUGUUGUGGGUCGAAUGAGGAGGGUUCUGGAUAGAAGGAAUAAGGUGCCAUGAACCCUCUCCUUCACCCUCACUCCAUGCUCUACAGUCUAAAUUGCUGAAAAAAAAGUCAGUGAAAUGAGUU